AUGUUGAUAAUCGCAAUAUGGCUCUGGCCGGAUAAUUCAACAAGAGAGAAAUUCAAUCCAGAUUUCGUGUCAAAAUACAAUGAAAGUACCAAAUAUAUACCAUUUUUUGUUGCUAAUUAUGGGGUAAGCUGGAAAUUUUCUAAUAUCUUUAUCUUCUCAACAUUUUCCAGCACCCAGAUUUCGAUAAAAAUGGGCUAUUUGGAAUGGGUUUGGCAACCAUUAUUGCGAUAAUUUCUUUGUCUCUCGAUGCAUUUUUCGCAGGAAAAAUCUAUUUUGCUUUGAGGAAUCUGAAUCUAAGUGAUCAUGUGAAGAAAAUGCAUCGAAAUCUAUUGAUAACAUUGAUUGCUCAGACAACAAUUCCAUCAAUUCUCACAUUCAUCCCAUGUUUGAUUAUCUGGUUUGUUCCAUUGCUCAGUUUUUUGAAAAUCUCCGAUCCGAGUUAUUAUGUCAACUCAAUUUGUGUACCAAUGCUUUGUAUUUAUCCAAUAAUUGAUCCACUUGUUAUAACUUUUGCAUUGGUUGAUUAUCGUGAAGCUAUUUCCCGAAAAUUCCGGAAAUUCCAACCAAGUUCUACAGCAAUUUUUCCAACGCGAUUUCAAACAACAAUUGUCUGA